AUGGAUGUGGAAGAUGGUGGGAUAGAUUUCCUAGAUAGUUCUUUAGCUGACAACAUGUUAAAUGAAAAUGAUGAGUUACCCACAAAUUGUUCGUUCAGUGCUAUUGAUGAUAUUUUGCCAGAUUUAACAUGUAGUGAAGAACAAAUGCCUAAUCUUGUCAAACAUCGAAUUUCAAGAGGAAGAUAUUCGAUUACUUCAGAUAAUCCACUAUCAGUCAGAUAUUAUGAGAAGAAGAGCAGGACUUUAUGGUUGGACAAUGAAGCAGACUACCUUAUUAAUCAGAGUGAUAUUCUUGCCAAAAUAAAACCACCCGAACUUUCUCUUUGUGGAACUCGUGUUUACUAUGAGUUCCCCUCCGUGAAAGUGGUUUUAUUUUGUAAAUCAAAAGUCAAUUUUCACAACAGGUCUUUUAUCACAAAUCUGUCCAUCGAAAUUAAGUCACCACCGCGAACGUAA